UUAUUUACUACUGCACGCGCGGGCGCUUCAAAUUAAACACCGAAGCGUCCAUUUUGAUUCGUUUCGAGUCGAUUCGUCCCCCAGCUCGCGAUGGGCCGGAUCGCGGUGGCGGCGGCGGCGGGCGCGUGGGCGAUCCCCAUCGCGAUCUUGGUCGAUCGCCUGGUCCCCGAUCCCUACAUGGAUGAGAUAUUCCACGUACCGCAGGCGCAGAGAUAUUGUGGAGGGGACUUGCGAUCUUGGGAUCCCAUGAUCACCACUCCUCCGGGACUGUACUAUGUUUCACUUGCAUAUGUUGCUUCUUUGUUUCCAGGCAUGUGGUUGAUUAAUGGAGUGCAGUCGUUGUCCCAACUUUGUUCUACUACCAUCCUCCGAUCGACUAAUGUCGCUCUGACAAUCAUAUGCAGCAUACUUGUUCAUGACCUUCUUGUCCAUUUGAGGCCAAGUAUAGGCGAAAGGAGGGCGAGUUUUUAUGCUAUUUUGAUAUCUUUAUACCCUGUGCACUGGUUCUUCACUUUCCUGUACUAUACGGAUAUAGCUUCACUCACCGCUGUUCUUGCAAUGUACUUGGCUAGCCUGAAGAAGCGAUUCUGGGUCAGUGCUAUUCUCGGAGCUUUGGCGAUACUUUUCCGGCAGACAAAUGUUGUAUGGGUGAUAUUUGUAGCUGCUAAUGGAGCUAUCAAAUACGCAGAGGACUUCUAUGAAACUAAGAGUUUUCCAGGGGAGAAUGAGCAAUUAAUCCAGGAGGAAAACAAUUUACUAACUAACAAGAAAAGAACUUCAACUUUUCCAAGUUUGAGGAGAAGAAAAAUGAAUAAUUCUGCAAAUACCAAUAAGCUGCGUAGUAGUGAAUCAAGUGGAUAUUCCCAUUUUCAUUCCCCGGGUAUUAUUAUUGAAAUACUCGAUAUCACCUUGAAGUUAUGGUCUUUGAAGUGGAAAGUCUUGAUUGCCUUUGCGCCCUAUGCCAUGAUUCUAAUAGCAUUUGCGGCCUUCAUUAUUUGGAAUAGGGGCAUAGUUCUUGGUGCAAAAGAAGCUCACGUGGUUUCUCCACACUUUGCACAGUUGUUGUACUUUGGUCUGGUGUCAGCUGCGGCCCUAGCUCCUUUUCAUUUUACUCCUCACCAAGUAGCAAAGUUAUGCCAAUUAUUUAAGCGUAACAAGGUUCUUGGCUCUUUUCUAGUUUUCGCAGCUCUUGGCACAAGUUGUAUAAUUGUGCACUUUUUCAGUAUUGCUCAUCCAUAUCUUCUAGCCGAUAAUCGCCAUUACCCUUUCUAUAUCUGGAGGAAGGUUAUCCAAGCACACUCGACAAUGAAAUACAUCUUAGUCCCUCUUUAUGUCUACUCAUGGUUUUCUAUCAUUACAAUUUUAGGAGAAUCACAAAAAAGGGCUUGGGUGUUGUCUUUUGUUCUCUGCGUCGCACUAGUUCUCAUCCCCGCUCCACUGAUUGAGUUCAGAUACUUCACAAUCCCUUUCUUUUUACUAAUUCUCCAUUCCCCAGCUACCGAAAAUAGUAAGUGGCUGGUCUUGGGGCUUCUGUAUGCUGCUGUGGAUAUUUUCACAAUGGCUAUGUUUUUGUUUCGUCCAUUUCGUUGGGAACAUGAGGCUGGGGUGCAGAGAUUUAUGUGGUAGUUUGCUAUGCUAGUCCAUCACUUGGUGCUCUUGCAUAGUAAUGGUUGCAGUACUGUUGCAUUAAAAGAAAAUGUAGAAGAUAUAUUUAUGUUGUCAAUUUUAUUUACUUUGAUCCAUGCAGGAGGUAGAAUUGUUUGUCGGUCAUAGGAAGAAUUUUCCUUUAGAUUUUUUUGUUUUCCCUAUCUGUAGCUUGUAAUUAUUAGCGAUCCAUUUUGCUUACUAUUCAAUCCUAAUGUUUGCGCUGUGAUGUUUCUUC